GCUCUUCUGUGUGGCAGCUCAGAAUGAUGGAUCAAGCCAGAUCAACAUUCUCCAACUUGUUUGGUGGAGAACCGUUGUCAUACAGCCGGUUUAGUCUUACACGGCAAGUAGAUGGCGAUAACAGUCGUGUGGAGAUGAAACUAGCUGCAGAGGAAGAAGAUAUUGACAAUAACGUGAGGGGUAAUCGUGCUCACGCCAAACGGAAAAGGCUUAAUGGAUUAAUCUGCUGUGGGACUAUUGCUGUAAUCAUCUUUUUCUUGAUCGGAUUUUUGAUUGGCUAUUUGGGCUAUUGUAAACGUGUAGAGCCAAAAACUGAAUGUGAGCAAACAGAGUCUGCAGCGGUAGAGACUGAAGAGGAAACUGAAGAGGACUUGCCUGAAGUAUCUCCCCACUUAUUUUGGUCAGACCUCAAAGCAAUGUUGUCAGAGAAACUGAAUUCGGCAGACUUCACCAAGACAAUCAGGCAGCUGAAUGAAAAUUCUUAUGUCCCUCGUGAGGCUGGAUCUCAAAAAGAUACAAACCUUGCUUUUUAUAUUGAAGAUAGAUUCCGUAAACUUCAAUUCAGCAAAGCCUGGCAUAAUGAACAUUUUGUUAAGAUUCAGGUCAAAAGCAGUGAUCCAAAUUCAGUGACCGUAAUUGCUACAAACAAUGGCGGGCCAUACCUCGUGGAGAAUCCUCAGGGUUAUGUGGCAUAUAGUAAGGCUACGACAGUUACUGGUAAAUUGGUCCAUGCCAAUUUUGGCACUAAACAAGACUUUGAGGCUUUAAGCACUUCUGUGAAUGGCUCUUUAGUGCUUGUUAGAGCAGGGAAAAUCACAUUUGCUGAAAAGGUUGCAAAUGCUGAAAGUUUAAAUGCAAUUGGUGUUUUGAUCUACAUGGACCAUACUAAAUUUCCCAUUGUUGAUGCAGAGCUUCCAUUGUUUGGACAUGCUCAUCUGGGAACAGGUGACCCUUAUACGCCAGGAUUCCCUUCUUUCAAUCAUACUCAGUUUCCACCGUCUCAGUCAUCGGGAUUGCCUAAUAUACCUGUCCAAACCAUUUCCAGAGCUGCUGCAGAGAAACUGUUUGAUUCUGAAAAUAUGGAAGGAGACUGUCCUUCUUCUUGGAAAACAGAUUCUUCAUGUAAGCUGGUAACCACACAGAAUAGGAACGUGAAACUCACUGUGAACAAUGUGCUGAAAGAGAUAAGAAUUUUUAAUGUCUUCGGUGUUAUUAAAGGCUUCGAAGAACCAGGUCGUUAUAUUGUAGUCGGGGCCCAGAGGGAUGCCUGGGGUCCUGGAGCUGCAAAAUCCAGUGUGGGAACAGCCCUUCUAUUGGAACUUGCCCAGAUAUUCUCUGAUUUGGUCUUUAAAGGCGGGUUUAAACCCAGAAGAAGCAUUGUCUUUGCCAGCUGGAGCGCUGGUGACUUCGGAGCUGUGGGUGCCACUGAAUGGCUGGAGGGAUACCUUUCCAGCUUGCAUAUAAAGGCUUUCACUUACAUUAAUCUGGAUAAAGCUGUUCUUGGUACCAGCAACUUCAAGGUUUCUGCCAGCCCAUUGUUGUAUUCACUCAUUGAGGAAACGAUGCAAGACGUGAAACAUCCAGUUACUGGGUUGUCUCUGUAUCGGGAUAGCAACUGGAUGAACAAAGUGGAGAAAUUUUCUCUUGAUGAUGCUGCUUUCCCUUUCCUUGCGUAUUCUGGAAUCCCAGCAGUUUCUUUCUGUUUUUGUGGGGCCUCAGAUUAUCCUUACUUAGGUACUACCCAGGAUACUUAUGAGGUACUGAAUCAGGAAGUCCCCGAGUUGAACAAAAUGGCACGUGCAGCAGCAGAAGUUGCUGGUCAGCUCAUGAUUAAACUUACCCAUAAUGCUGAAUUGAACCUGAACUAUGACAUGUAUAAUGAGAAAAUGCUUUCAUUUGUGAGGGAUAUGAACCAGUUCAAAACAGAUGUAAAGGAGAUGGGUCUGAGUCUACAGUGGUUAUAUUCUGCUCGUGGAGACUUUUAUCGUGCUACUUCCAAACUAACAACAGAUUAUAAGAAUUCAGAUACAGCAGACAGACUUGUCAUGAGGGAAAUCAAUGACCGCAUCAUGAGAGUGGAAUAUCACCUCCUCUCACCCUAUGUAUCUCCAAGAGAUGCUCCUUUCCGACACAUCUUCUGGGGCUCUGGCUCUCACACUCUCCAAGCUUUACUGGAGCACAUAAAACUGCGUCGGCAAGAUCGCAGUGCUUUUAAUGAAACACUGUUCAGAAACCAGCUGGCUUUAGCAACUUGGACUAUUCAGGAAGCUGCAAAUGCCAUCUCUGGUGACAUUUGGGACAUCGACAAUGAGUUUUAAAUGUGAUACCCUUAACUUAGGGUACCUGUGACUUGUGCUGGUUGUGCUAAAUUUUCAGUAGGGCUACAAAACCUAAUAUUGUUAAAGUUCUACCCAUUCAUCUCGGUACUACUAGAUGUCUUUAGGCAGCAGCUUUUAAUACCGGGUAGGUACCUGUUAAAGUGAAUAACCACUGAAAAGUGUUCAUGAAAGAAUGUUUUUCUCUAGAAUUUUAAGUGCUUUGUAAUGGUAACUGCCUCUUUUCUGUUACAGUUAUAAAAAAAAGUCAGAACCAGUUACAUGAACUAUUGCUCUAAAUCCUAAGGACAUGAACACUGAUGUCUCUUGAGUGGGAGGAGGAAGGUGGUGUCUGCUGCAGGUCAAACAUGGUAUUUCGUUUGAUGCCAAAUAGCAGAUACCAGGUUGUAAGAUCUAUGCCUUUAAGGAUUUAGCUGGUUUCCUCAUCCCUGGAUGAGACAGUUAACUUUCAAAAGAGAUGGGACUUGUUUUCUUGCUAAUGAGGUCCUUUAGCUGGAUAAAAUAAGGUUCAACUGUUUAUCGCAGGAGCAAGGCCUUAAUGUGUUAACCUCAAGAUCAUUUACAAAGAGAGGAGACCAGAAGCCAAAGACCUAGUAUAUUUUCUUUCCUCUGUCCCUUCCCGCAUAAGCCUUGUUUAGUUUUUUUGUUUGUUUGUUUUUUUCCAAGAUAUUUUGAAAGAGAACCAGUUUUAGGUGUUUAAUUUCAAGCUCAGUGUCAGACUUUAAAGAACACACUGCCAAAUUUUGGUCAAAGUGUUAAUUUUUUGGAAAGCUUCCUAUCAUUUUGGCUCAAGAUAUUUAUUGUUUAUUUAUCAGUGACAGAGUUCACUAUAAAUGGUGGUUUUUUUUAUAGAAGAUAAUUAUCGGAAGCAGUGCCUUCCAUAAUUAUGACAGUUAUACUGUCGUUUUUGUUUUGUUUUUUUAAAUAAAAGCAGCAUCUGCUAAUAAAACCCAACAGAUACUGGAAGUUUUGCAUUUAUAAUGGUCAAUACUUGUUUUAGAAAACAGGGUUUUAGAAAACAGCCUCAAAUAAAAAUUUAAAGCUAAAUAUUAGAGACUUAAAUUUAAUUAGGGAUUGCUAAUCAAGUUAGACUUCUAUUUAGCCAAGUAGAUAAAAACGGUAGUUUCCCUAAAGUACUGAGUUGUGACCAAGUUAUAAAUUAAUUGCACUUAAAGGCUGUGGUAGUACUCAUAAGCAAAAUUUUACAGCUCAGUUUAUCCAAGCUGUAACUUUAAUUCAAAAUUUGCAAAAUUUCCAGUACCUUUGUCACAAACCUAACUCACAUUAUCGGGAGCAGUGUCUUCCAUAAUGCAUAAAGAACAAGGUAGUUUUUGCCUACCACAGUGUCUAUAUCGGAGACAGUGAUCUCCAUAUGUUACACUAAGGGUGUACGUAAUUAUCGGGAACAGUGUUUCCCAUAAUUUUCUUCAUGCAAUGACAUCUUAAAAGCUUGAAGAUCGUUAGUAUCUAACAUAUAUUUCUAGCUCCCUAUAAUUCUCUAUCUUUUAGUUUUAGUUGCAGAACAUUUUGUGGUCAUUAAACAUUUGGUGGGUAAAUUCAACCAUGGUAAAAUAAAACUACUUCCUUCGAGAUUCUUUUUGUUGAUUCAAAGGUUGUUUUUAAACCUGAUGUGGUGUUACGUUACAUUUGUGGUUUCUCUGGGUCUUCUGUUUAGCGGAAUAGUAGCACACAUUUAUAAUGUUUGCUAUUGACAAAUGAAUUUAACUAUCCCGUAUAUGCAUGUUAUUUCCUAUAACCUUAGUUCAUUCAAGCUUGAAUCCUGAACUGACCUUUUAGCUUAAAGCAGGGGAAAUUUGCAUAGGAGGUCUGGGGGGGAGGGGGGAGAGAAGGGUGUGGGGAGCCAGCUUGCAAAAGGAUCUUUGAUCAUGCCUACCUACCUACCUAUUAGUACAUGGUGGUCAUACGUUAAAUGUAGAUGUGAACAAAUAAGUUUGAGGCUACAUGAGUAAAGACUUUGUUCUCUACUCAAACAUGUAAUCAGCUGUUUGUUAUCUGGGCAGUUCAAUAUUGUUACCUAAAAAAAUCCAUAGGGUCUCUUAAGGUUCUUUAAACUUGGUGUCACUUACCCAAGUUAAUAAUAGUUCUAGAUUAUUACAGCCUCACUGAAUUAUUUCACUACUGAGUCUGUUUAGUCUUUACAGUGUUUUAUCUGGAAUAAUAUUUAGUGUAGCGAAGUAAAAAGGUCAUUGCUGGGAUUCCUGGUUUGAGUAUCAUGCUUUAUCAUACUUUAAUAAAAGCUCAGUGACUUCAAGGAAUAAUACAAAUAAUGGGCAUACAUUUUACAGCAGUAAAUUGCUUUUAAAAGCUCUAUGUUUAAGGUUGAGUUAUUACCAAUCAAAGAGGUAGUAAAGGGCUUACUAUUCCUGAAUGAAAUGUAUAUUUGACUAGUGACACCUGCAGGUCUUCAUAUUUUUUUCUGGUUAUAGAUAUGUACAUUUCGAGGCUAAAGGAUAAAAGGAGUGAACUGUGUGAUGAUUCACUAUUCUAGAACUUGCAUAACCUUUACUGUGUUUCCUCUUUGAAUGUUCUUGAAAUUUUACUUGGUUAAAGAUGGCUUAAUUAAACUUCUCAACCUACUGCUCAGCUAUAUCUUUGUGAACAAGUGAUAUGCCAUUAUAAUUGUAUACGAUCUGAUAUGUGCAACGAUGUGGAUAUUCCUUAUCUUGUUUAAUAAAAUGCUUGAACACUGA